AUGAGCUCUUAUCCAAAUCUUGUGAAGAUCGCUGUGGAAUCUCCUCUAAUCCAAGACAUUCUCAGCGAUAUAAACCUCACCCGUAGCCUAAUAAUGACAAACCCUAUUAUUGUCGAGUUAAUGGAAUUAAAUCCAGAUUUCUACGAGUACUUAAUGAAUGAUGAUAAACUUGGCGAAUUGGUUAAUAUUUUCUCGAAUCCUACAAGUUACGAUGAUUUUCCAAGAACAAAGCAAGUAAUUUUGCAUCUUGUUGAGUCUCGGAUUGGUCAUCAGCUCCAAUUUACUGAGGAAUACAAUCAACGAAUGAACCACUUGAACCCCCAUUCUGAAGGCAUUUCUCACAAUCACCCUCAAGAAAUGGAAGCCCGUUUUUCAUCGCCCGAGACCGGCCAAUCAACGCCUGAAAACAACUUUUUCUCACCGGAACCCAACGGAAAUGGCAGGAUUUACUUCCACAGCGCCUCCAUUCCGUCCUUUAGUCUUCACUCGCAGCAGACAUCAUCCAUGUCGCAACCUUCGGGAAAGGUCCUUCCGAGGAAAUCUCUGAGUGCUCGGCAUUUACGGAGGAAGGAAUUUUCCUGGGAUUUCCAGAAAAGCGCAAGUGUGAAUCAUCUUCGCUCGACGGACAGCGGACUGCCCAAUCUGUGGCAGGACUCGUCGCAGGAAUCUACUCCAGAUCCUUCGCAGGAUCCUUUGGUCGAACAGGAGCGAGAAGAACACAUCAACUUGCUAUGCCAGAUUAUCGCAAACCAUCCGAAUAUCGUGUAUUUUUUCAUGAAGAAAACGCGGAUCUAUAAGGAAAUCGAGCAGAAAUCACCGGGAUUGCUUUGCAAAGUAUUGAGUCCAGCACGCCUGAAGAUGUUGUCGAACCCCGAAAUGGUUCGUUCGAUUAUUCGGAUGGACCAUGCGAAAUGA